AUGCCCAGUGAAAUCCCACAGCCGCCUGGUGUCCCGCUUCUGGGCAAUGUGUUCGAUGUCAACCCCAAUGAAACAUGGAAUUCGCUAAACAAGUUGGCCAAGCAAUAUGGCCCUAUCUUCAAAAUCAACGCCCUGGGCACGCAAAUCGUCUUUGUCGGUAGCGUGGCCCUUCUUGAAGAGAUCUGCGACCAGAAGCGAUUCCGCAAGUGCGUGACCGGACCCGUGGUGGAAAUCCGAUACUCCGUACACGACAGUCUGUUCACCGCAUACGAUGAUGAAAAGAGCUGGGGCAUCGCACACCGGAUCAUGAUGCCGCACCUCACGCAGUCCGCGACCGACGGUCUGUUCAACGAUAUGGCAGAUGUGAUUUCGGACUUGACGAAAAAGUGGUCCUCGGGAAACAAGAAGAAGGUUUUGCUCACAAACGACUUGGACCGGAUGCUCAUGGCGUCCUGCAUGCAGUGUUUCUUCGGCCAGCGAAUCAAUGUCUUGGAAGGUCAGGAACCUCCCCUGCUCAAGGCCAUGGACGGUGCCACCAUGGAGGCGAUGAAGCGGCCUACUCGACCCAAACUUUUAAACUGGCUGGUGUACCAGCGCCGCUUUGAGAAGGACACAAAGAUCAUGCGCGGUUUCGCGGCCGAGGUUGUGAAGACCGGGAAAAAAAACCCGGAGAUUACUAGCAAGUACUUGCUGGGUUCACUAAUAAAUGGCACGGAUCCCGAGAGCGGAAAGAAACUUGAGGACUCACAGGUGAUCGAUGAGAUUGUUACCGUUUUCAUCGGCGCUGCGACGGCACCGAACCUCGUAUCCUACGCUCUGUACUACCUCAUGCAGAACCCGUCCUGCGUUACCAAGGCCUGCGAGGAGAUCGAUUCGGUGGUUGGACCGAACAACAAGAUCGACCUGGCUCACCUCGAGAAGCUAAACUACGUCGAAGCCAUCCUGCGCGAGUCGAUCCGUCUCUCUGCUACAGCACCCGGCUUCAACAUCGAGCCUAUUCCCUCAAAGGACAAGAGCCCCAUACUCCUCGCGGGUGGUGAGUACCAGAUACCCCACGACCAGGCUAUGAUUGCCGUCCUCAAUUCUGUGAACCGCGACCCAGCCGUUUUUGAAGACCCCGAAGCGUUCAAGCCUGAGCGUGUCCUCGGCGAGAAGUGGGACAAGCUCCCCGCCGGAGCAAAGAAGGGCUUCGGUAACGGCAAGCGCGAGUGCAUCGGCAAGCUCUGGGCGUGGCGGUGGUCGUUCUUCACCCUUGCCAGUAUUCUUAAGGAGGUCUCGUUCGAGCUGGCAGAUCCGAAAUAUGAUUUGCACUCCAACGGUGCGUUCAGCAUCAAGCCUCUGGAUUUAUAUGGUCUGGUCAGCCCCCGGCAGAAGUAA